AUGACCGCCGCCGAGUCUGUGAAGAGUGCCGUUGGGCUUGCGGACAACACCGCUGCCUCCCGUCAGGAAAUGUCGGAUGCCCGUCUUCCCCUCCAGUACCGCGACUCUUGCGCUGGCCUUCUGAUCCCAUUGAACCGCUGCCGACAGCAAGAGUACUACCUUCCCUGGAAGUGCGAGGACGAGAGACACAGCUACGAGAAGUGCCAAUACGAGGAGUUCAAGAAGCGCGUUGCUAAGAUGGAAGAGCUCCGCGCCGCUAAGGGUGGUGCCCGGAGCAACUAA